UCCGCUUUAGCUGUAUCCGAUCGGCUACUACCACGGAAGCUUACUGCUGGAAAUAAUAAAAUACUGCACUUAGCUGCCGGCGGUCCAGGCGUUCCCAUGACAACCAAAUAUGACCUUGAAGCAAAAUCGGGUUUUGGAUUGGUAGUUAUUUAUAAGGUAGAGUUUACGGAAGAGGCACCUCUUUAUAGUGAGCUGCAGCGUUUAUCGGGGAGGAAGUUUGGCUCGAGAUUCGGACACGCACUAGCCUUAAUAGAUGUUAACGGAGACGGGUAA